UCUCGCUUCCCGUAUUGAGGGAGGCGUCCCGCUCUCUGCUGCUGCAUGAGUCCACACCGUCAGUUCGCUAACAGCUAACGCCUCUAACAUGUCGGGGAAGAGUUUCCGAGUCAGCGACGGGGACUGGAUCUGUCCUGAUAAGAAGUGUGGAAAUGUGAAUUUUGCUAGAAGAACGAGUUGUAACAGAUGUGGCAGAGAGAAAACCACAGAGGCGAAGAUGAUGAAAGCAGGAGGAACGGAGAUCGGAAAGACUCUGGCUGAAAAGAGUCGAGGCCUCUUCAGCGCCAACGACUGGCAAUGCAAAACGUGCGGUAAUGUGAACUGGGCGAGGCGGUCGGAGUGUAACAUGUGUAACACGCCUAAAUACGCCAAGCUUGAAGAGAGAACAGGUUACGGUGGAGGUUUCAAUGAAAGAGAGAAUGUAGAAUAUAUAGAACGGGAGGAAUCUGACGGCGAAUAUGACGAGUUUGGUCGGAAAAAGAAAAAGUACCGCGGGAAGAGCAACAGCACGUCUUCCUCGAAAGAAAGCGAAAAGAAAGAAGUGGUGAAAGAUCAGGAGGAGGAGGAAGAUGAGGAGGAAGAUGAAGAAGAUGGUGACCUGUCCAAAUACAAACUGGAUGACGACGAUGAGGACGAUGAAGACGGUGACCUGUCCAAGUACGACCUGAACGCCAGCGAUGAAGAGGACAAACCAGCCAAGAAGAAGGGCAGCCGGUCGGGGUCGUCGCGCUCGUCGUCGCGCUCGUCCAGCUCCAGUUCUCGGUCCAGGUCCAGGUCCCGCUCUAGAAGCUCGUCCAGCUCCAGGUCUGGAUCUCGCUCGAGGUCCCACUCCAGAUCCAGCUCCAGGUCUCCCCAGAAGAGGUCCCGGUCCCCGUCCUCCUCCCCGGAGAGGAGGCCAAAAAGGAGUCGCUCCAGGUCCUCAUCUGGAGGCAGGAAACGGAGGCGAUCUCGCUCACGUUCGUCCGAAAGGCGCCGCGGCCAGUCGUCCGGAUCCUCCCAUUCCGGCUCCAGUUCUAAAAAGAAAUAACUUUAUCACGGCCUUUAACGCAGAGAGGAAAGAAAAGAGAAAAGUGCAUGUUGUGAAAGAAAAGCCACACAUCCUUCAGCCUGCUGUUCAUAAAGUCUUACUCCCCCAAAAAGAAAAGAAGCGACAGGACUUGUCCUUUUUCAAACCACUGUGCUAAGUGUUUGUGAACCCCAGAACCAUCAGAACCUGUGAGGAACCUUUAGUUUGAGCCUCAUGUGGAGCAAAAACCUGCCCAGGAGCUUUUUCUGGUCCUAGAAACGCCACAAACACAUUAUUUAUCAGAAUAAUGAAUUCAUUUGUCUAACUCAUGUGAAUCGAGCCUUUUCCUUUCAUUUCUCUGUAAAUCUGUUUUUAGUUUGUGUGUUUUCAAGGUAAGUAUUUUUCUUUUUGCUAUUUCUUGUGUUCAGUGAAUGACGGCUUCCCUUUUCACUGGAUUUGGGGAUUUAUUUUUGGGUUAAAUCGACUUAUUCCUCUUUAGUUGACAAACAAACGAGCUCCAUGAUUUUUUCCUGCUCCAGUUAGAAGAAAAAGAAACACUUCUGAUGAACCAUGGCCGUUUAAAGUCUUUUUAUCGGUAAAAAAAUCAAAUGUUAACGUGUAAAUAAAGUCCUGUCCACAUCCA